AGCGCCUCACAUGCUUUGUGGGCGCGCGCCGCAUCCACCGAGGAGCCAGGAAAGUUGCACGCAUUCACCUUGAUACCACCUGUACACUCCUGCUCCAGACAACCCUUUCGCAGUCAUCCUGUGCGUGUCUCUGCAGUAAAGCAUAUCACCUCCAUGCGCUGAAACCGGACGGGGCUGUGUCGAACAGCCACUUGCCAACAUGUCCACGCAGCAAUCGCUUCGAGAUCGCCAAGUAGCCUCGAUCGAGCGCAUUCUGAACCUCAAUCACACCACCGAAUCCUCCGACUCCACGCUCGACGGCGCCGCGUCCAACGGAUUGCUCCCAAAGUCAACACCUAUCCUGAACGCAGAUGGCGAGCCUAUAUGGAAGGUGCUGGUAUUUGACACGCUGGGAAGAGAUGUGAUCAGCAGUGUGUUGCGGGUUCCCGAUCUCAGGAGCUGGGGAGUAACAAUACAUCUGAACAUCAAUGGCCAACGACAUCCGAUCCCAGAUGUGCCGGUGCUCUACCUCGUACAGCCCACGGCAGAGAACAUUCAACGCAUCACGCAAGAUCUCCAGAAGGGACUCUAUUCGCCCGCCUACAUCAACUUCCUUUCGUCGAUACCACGGCCUCUGCUCGAGGAUUUCGCCACACAGACAGCUGAGGCAGGGACGGCGGAAUGCAUCAGUCAGGUCUAUGAUCAAUACUUGAACUUCAUCGUCAGCGAGCCGAACCUUUUCAGCCUCGGCAUGGGCAAAGAGACGUAUUGGACAAUGAACAGUGCUCAAACAAGCGAUGAGGAUAUUGACAACAAUGUCGAUCGCAUCGUCAGUGGUCUCUUCAGCGUUGCGGUGACGAUGGGAACGAUACCCAUAAUACGAUGUCCCAAGGCUGGAGCCGCAGAAAUGAUCGCCGCGAAGCUGGAUCGCAAGCUCAGAGAUCACAUUUUGAACGCCAAAGACAAUCUGUUUUCAGGCAAAGCAGCCGCUGCGAGUGCCACCUCGUCCCGCCCGGUCCUCAUCAUCGUCGAUCGGAACGUGGACCUCGUGCCCAUGCUCUCGCACUCCUGGACAUACCAGUCACUGAUACACGACGUACUCAACAUGCACCUCAAUCGAAUCACCGUUGAGGUUCCGGCCGACGAAAGCAAUCCGGCUGGUGGCAGCACCAAGAAGUCUUAUGACUUGACCGCCAAUGACUUCUUCUGGAACAAGAACUCGGGCGCACCAUUCCCACAAGUGGCGGAAGAUAUCGAUGCGGAGCUCACGCGGUAUAAAGAAGACUCGACUGAGAUAACAAAGAAGACCGGCGCCAGCUCGAUCGAAGAUCUCCAGAACGAUACAAGCGCUUCUGCGCAGCAUCUCAAAGCGGCAAUCACACUACUUCCCGAGCUCCGCGAGCGGAAAACGACACUGGACAUGCACAUGAAUAUCGCCACAGCGCUACUUCAAGGCAUCAAGGACAGACAGCUCGACAACUACUACCAGCUGGAAGAGGACAUCAAGAAGCAAACCAAGGCACAAAUGCUCGAGCUGCUGAAUGAUCCUGAUAAAGGGAAAGAUCCUGCUGAUAAGCUCCGUCUUUUCAUUAUAUGGUUCCUGAGCACCGAAAUUGAGCUAUCACGCGCGGACAUGGAGCAGUUUGAGGCGAGCUUAAAGAAAACAGGGGUGGACACACUACCAUUGACAUACAUCAGGCGUGUCCGUGAGAUAACAAGAAUGACCAUGAUCUCAUCAGCACCAACGCAACCAACACAACAAUCUUCAGCAUCCGCCGACCUCUUCCGCGGCUUCAGCUCGAUAUCGUCGCGCCUCACGGAUCGUUUCAAAGACGCAGGUCUUGGAGCCAACUUCGACAAUCUCAUUUCUGGAGUCAAGAACUUCUUACCAGCAAACAAGGAUCUCACGCUCACAAAGAUCACGGAAUCCCUCAUGGACCCACAGAACGCAUCGACGAGCGCCCUUCAGAAGACGGAAGGCUUCCUGUACUUUGAUCCACGUUCUGCGAAUGCCCGUGGAACAAUGCCACCCAGUGCGAAGGACGCCCGCGCUGGAACUCAGGAAAAGCGCGGCAUCGAUCCUUCUUUCGGCCAGCGAAGGCAAGGGUUCAGCGAGGCUAUCGUAUUCACAGUGGGCGGUGGUAGCAUGGACGAGUACGGCAACUUGCAAGACUGGGCGAAACGAUCUGUUGGCACCGCAGGUGCUGUGAGCAGGAAGAAGGUGGUCUAUGGCAGCACCGAACUGGUCAAUGCCAGCAGUUUCUUGCAAGAGCUAAGCAAAUUAGGUCGUGAGAGUUCGUAAUAUAGACAGAUGAAAAGCGCAGCCACGCAUAUGUUCGGCCUGCCUGCUCAAUUCACUACACAUGCUCAUCGUUGACACGUGAGCUCACGGG